AAUGUCACAUGGUCUUUUCCAAUCUGACUAAAAAAAAAUCUGAGCUAGCUUAGUUUGAAACGUUUAAACCUUAUCUAUACAUGGUUAUGUUAUCAGUAAUGUCUCGCUAGUGUAUCGAUGUUGUGUUCCGUAUUCGGUAUUAUCGUUGUUAUCCACUAUUGUAAACCGGACACUUAAGUUUGAAACAGAAACUGUCAAAAACUGAAUAGCCUACAAAUGACUUCACGAACAAUACUCAGCUGUAAACGAUUCCAAGUCUUGUUUAGUAAAAGUUUGUUUUUACUUAAGCUGUCACCUAUCGUGUGCAGUAUGAGUUUCACUAGAUAUCAACAUAAUCUGGUAGCUGUUUGCCAAAUGACAGCUAAAAAUAAUAAAGAUGACAACUUUCAAACUAGUAAAAAACUCAUAGAAGAAGCAGCAAGUGCUGGAGCAAAGGUAGUCUUCUUUCCAGAAGCUUUUGAUUUUGUUGGUGAAAGUAAAGAGGAAACGCUGAAAUUGGCAGAGCCGCUAGAUGGACCACUUUUAAGCAAGUAUAAAAAUAUAGCGAAACAAUGCAAAGUGUGGUUAUCACUUGGAGGAAUGCAUGUCAAGAGAGAAGAAUCACGUCUUUUGAGCAACUGUCAUUUAAUGAUAAACGAUUUGGGUGACAUCAUAGCUGCUUAUAACAAAGUACACCUCUUUGAUGUGGACAUUCCUGAGAAGAAAAUCAGACUGAAGGAGUCGGACAUGAUUGAGAAAGGCAAAGACAUCUUACCUCCAGUUGACUCACCAGUCGGCAAAAUCGGUUUGGCCAUCUGCUAUGAUCUCAGGUUUCCAGAGCUCAGUCUGACGCAGACAGCGCAAGGGGCCCAGAUUCUCACAUUCCCGUCAGCAUUUACAUUUGCCACCGGUGCGAUACACUGGGAAGUGCUGCUGCGCAGUCGAGCAAUAGAGAACCAAUGCUACGUUGUGGCUGCAGCACAGACUGGUGUACACAACAAGAAACGCUCCUCUUGGGGACAUGCCAUGGUGAUAGAUCCAUCAGGCUCUAUAAUUGCACAAUGUUCGGAAGGCACUGGCUUUGCCCUGGCUAGCAUAGACCUCCAGUCGUUGCAGAACGUCAGAACGACAAUGCCAGUGUGGCAACACAGACGGAAUGACCUGUACCCCUGCCUCGCUCCUGGCCGCAGCCCACAGGAUCUGACCUCACCACCCCACUACCAGUUUGGGCAGGUAGAGGUACUGGCGAGUCACGUCUUUUACAAGACUCCCACGUCCUUCGCCUUCACCAACAAGUGUUGUGUCGUGCCUGGACAUGUCUUGGUUGCAUCUCUACGGCCUGUGUUGAAACUCACUGACUUAAAACCCGCUGAGGUCGCUGACUUGUUCCAAACUGUGCAGCGAGUACAGUCUGUUAUGGAGAAAAUCCAUAACACCACAUCAGCUACGGUGACUGUACAAGAUGGACCGUUGGCUGGGCAGUCUAUACAGCACGUUCAUGUCCAUGUUCUGCCUCGAAGGCCUGGAGACUUCCCGGAGAAUGACCAGAUCUACCAUAAACUCCAGAAUCAUGACAAGGGAGAUAUGAGCAAGAAGUGGAGGAGUGAAGAGGAGAUGGCUGCCGAAGCAGAGAUACUCAGGAAGUACUUCGUAAAUGAAUUGUGACCUGCGAGAUUUUAUUCUACUGUUGUAUAUAGAAGUAAAAUGGUGAUACAGCUUUA